AUGACGACCUUUCCUACCAUCAACGGCACAGAGGUGUUCCGCCUGCCUCCUCCUGGCUAUGGGCCUCUAGACUUUGACAACCCCAGGCAGCAGAAGAAGCUGGAACAUUAUUUGAUCUUUGGACUCGGUGCCCCACUGGCAUUGAUUGCUCUGUUGCAGAGAUAUUACACCAAGAUCUUUCUGUCCAAGGGGUUGCAGACUGAUGAUGGUAAGUUGCAGGAAUCUGAGAGUAGAUCACUUGAUUCACCUAACCUCAGCUUCAUAGCUUCCAUCGCACAAGGUGGAAUGUGUGCUCACAGCUGGGAGAUGAGCCUCGCAGAUUUCCAACGCUAUUCCUUGAUAAGUUAUCUUUGUGGACCAAUCUACCAACUAUGCAAUGGCUUCAUCAAGCUGUCUCUCCUAUCCCUCUACCUCCACCUCUCUCCUCAGAGAUGGUUCCGGAUAGCAGUCUGGCUUACCAUUGGCAUUGUCACGGCGUACACCAUCAUCAUUACCUUUAUGAUGUGGUUUCUCUGCAACCCUCCCCGCAAAGCCUUUGACUUCAAGGUAGAAGGUGGCUCAUGCACUGAUGCGGCCAUUCUAUACAUGGCUACAGCCGUGUCAAACAUUGUCACCGACGUGAUACUAUUCGUGUUGCCGAUCCCGAUGGUCUAUAAUCUACAUAUGCCCAAGAUCCAAAAGUUUGGAGCCAUCAUCGUCUUUGCAAUCGGAUCCUUAACUGUUGCCACAUCGGUGACCAGACUAGUAUAUCUACCCGUGGUGCUAGCCAGCACAGAUGUCUCUUGGGACUCUGCACCCGCCAACAUAUGGACAUUCAUUGAAGCUAAUCUCUUUGUCAUAUGCGGCUCUAUGCCGACCCUACGCAAGUUCUUUAAGCACUUCAUGCCUCGUAUUGUGGGAUCAUCUGGAGCCUCUCACUACGGAACGACCUCCUACGGUCAGCAUCAACAAAGCAACACGCUCAGUCGAGUGCGUAAAGGCCGCAGCCAGUAUGCGCAGUUUCCUGAGGACAAUGCCACUGAGCUUGAGCGAUUCUCUGAUGAUGACAACAAAAAUGGUGGGACGGUCGUGGUUGGCAAUGCAAGUACUGAAGGCCUACGGGACGAUCAUAGUGAGAGGGCAAUUCUACAAACCCAGACUUUUACAGUUCAGUACUCAUCAUGA